UCUGGAAAGAGGGCAAACAGCUUGUGACGGCAGGAAUCUAAAAAGGGCCCCAGUGGUCAGGCAGGGAGAAAGGAGGACUGGACAGAACAGAGAGGCUGCUAAGAGCAGCUGCUGAGUUGGCUUCCAAUUCUCUUCAAAACCAUCCCGCCAAUUCUAGAGGGAAACUUGAAUCAUGAAGCUAAUUACUAUACUGUUCCUCUCCUCCAGGCUGCUCCCAAGUUUAGCACAGGAAGAAACCACCCAGGAAAUCGACUGCAAUGAUGAGGAUGUGUUUCAGGCUGUAGACGCUGCUCUGAAAAAGUACAAUGCUAGGAACCAAACUGGCAACCAGUUUGUGUUGUACCGAGUGACGGAGGGCACUAAAAUGGUUGGUUCUGACACAUUUUACUCCUUCAAGUACCAGAUCAAGGAGGGCAACUGCCCUGUUCAGAGUGGCCUCACCUGGCAGGACUGUGACUACAAGGACGCCGAGGAAGCUGCCACUGGAGAAUGUACAGCAACAGUGGGGAAGAGUGAAACUAAGAAAUUCUCUGUAGCUACCCAGACUUGCAAGAUUACUCCAGGUAAUGGACCCAUAUUGACAUCCCAGUACACCUGUCUGGGUUGUGUACACCCCAUACCACCUGGUAGCCCUGAACUGGAGCCUGUCCUGAAACACGCAGUCGAGCAUUUCAACAACCACACAAAGCAUUCCCACCUCUUUGCUCUUAGAAAAGUAGAAGCAGCCCAGAGACAGGUGGUGGCUGGAAUGAAAUAUGAAAUCACCUACUCAAUUGUGCAAACUAAUUGUUCAAAGGAGCAGUUUCCAUUCUUAUCUCCAGAGUGCAAAUUCCUUGCAGAAGUAAUUUUGAAUGACCAGGAAGUUUGGAACUGUAGAGAUAACGCCUUUGUGGACAUCAAUCAAAAAAUUGCUGACUUCUUUCAGAACUGUAACAUCUCUUCAGGAGAGGAUUUGACCAAGAGCUGCCUUGGAUGCCUUGAGAGUGUUGCUGUAGAUAGCCCGGAGUUGAAAGAGCCUCUCGGUCAUGCCAUCAAAAAGAUUAACUCAGAGAUUAACCAUAUUUCCUAUUUCAAGAUCGAUAGAGUGAAAAAAGCCACAUCCCAGGUGGUAGCUGGAGUGAGGUAUUUUAUUGAGUUCAUAGCCAGAGAAACCAACUGUUCAAAGGCGAAUAACAUGGAACUGGGACCAGAUUGUGUUGUCAAGUCCCCUGGUAACGGUCUCAGCUGUAAUGCUGACAUAUACAUGAGACCAUGGGAGAACAAAGUUGAACUGACUGUCAAGUGCCAAGAUAUACAAGUGAUGACGAGGAGACCUCCAGGCUUUUCACCUUUCCGGUCAGUCCAAGUCCAAGAAGCAAAAGAAGGAACAACUAGGCUUGCAAACGCCUGUGAGUACAAGGGCAGAAGCUCAGGGGCAGGGGCAGAGUCAGCACCUGGGAGUGAGGCAGAAUCUUCACACUUGGCACAAUAGCCCCAGCAUGACCCCAAGUGGACAGAACAGAAGAUUCAUGGGAUACAUGUAAUAUGGAAGAAUGUACCUUCAUCACUCUGCCUCUGCGUGAAAUAAAAUUCAGACUUGAUGAA